AUGCCAGAAAACACAGGUCACUUCGUUGAGGUUGAGAAGCGUAUUGAUCCCGAGGCAAAUCAUGGAGAAACGCAGCAAUCGAUUAUCAUUGAUCCCGAGAGGGAGAAGGCGUUGAUGUCCAGCAUGGGUGCUGCACGCAUUUCCGGGAUAGACGCAGCUCUUGACCUUGCUGUUGGAAGUCGGGUUUCGAUCGCAUUGCUUGUUUUCUACAUAGGCUACGUAAUUGUGGAACUUCCGAGCAACAUCAUCAUCCGGAAAGCUGGUCCUGCUGCCUGGCUCUCUUUUCUGGCCGUGGCUUGGGGAGUGGUUACAUUGGCUGUUGGGUUUAUCAAGAAUUGGGAGUCCCUUGUUGUAUUGAGGGUUCUUCUGGGCAUCUUUGAAGGGGGUGUCUUUCCAGGAGGAAUCUAUUUAGUCUCAUCGUGGUACAAGAAGUCUGAGGUCCAAAAAAGGAUUGCGAUCUUCUUCCUGACCGGCUCCUUUCUGUCCUCAUUUUCCAACAUACUCGCAUACUGCCUGAUCUAUAUUUCCAGCGAUCCUUUUGUGCACGGAUGGAAAUGGAUCUUCAUUGUGGAAGGCACUGUGACGAUAGUGGUCGGCAUUGGGGCAUACUUUGUCAUGGUUGACUUCCCUAGCUCGAAGCGAAACAAAUUUCUCACUCAAGAGGAAGCCACACUCGUUGAAGCACGAUUACUGCAAGAAAGGGGGGAAAACCAAACGGUUCAUGUCUCUUUGCAGGUCAUCUGGGAUUGCCUUAAGGACUGGAAAGUCUGGCUACUUGCAUUUCAGUAUCAAACUGGCUCCACAGGAGUCUACGCCUUCCUCUUUUUCUUGCCCAUUAUUCUCAAGAACAGCUUAGGCUUCAGCCAGCAGAACUCAUUCUUGCUCAGCACCCCCCCUGCAGCAUUUGCUGUCAUCGUGGCCUUCACAAUAUCAUGGUUUGCCGACAAAACAAAGUGCCGAGCGCCCUUUAUGUUCGGUGCCUCAAUCGUGGGAAUCAUCGGGCUUGCUAUGAUUGGAUUCCUCAAAAAUCCCAUUCCAAGAUACGUUGGCGCCUUUCUAGGCCAAGCAGCCUCCAACACUAUUGUGGUGACUGGUAUUGCGUGGGGACAGAACAAUGUAAGACAAGACCAGAAGCGGGCCGUUGUCACGGCCGUUCAGAUCACGCUUUCGGCCAUUGGCGGUAUUUACUCGUCUACAGUCUUCCGACAACAGGAUGCUCCUAACUAUCUCCCUGGAGUCAUUGCAAUGGGGAUUUUAUUUGUGCUCAACACGAUCUUAGCACCCAUUACUAUCUUCAUCCUCCGACGAGCAAACAGCAGAGCCGAUCAAGGUCUGGAGCAGAUUGAGGGUACAGACUGGUUUAGAUACACUGUCUAG